AUGCAGCAACCUACGGUGCCUCAACAAGUUGUGCAACACAUCAAGCAAGGCCACAACGAAGCUCUGGCAGCCUAUCUCGACAACGGCCUUGGACACAGUAACGUUAACUAUGCUGUGGAGGGCUGCACCUAUGGCGAAACACUCCUCCAUUACGCUGCGUGGCAUGGUAACGCGGAGGCCGUGGCCAUGCUGGUCCGCCGCGGGGCGCGCAUAGACGCGAAAGGGGUCCAGUCGGACUGUACUCCUCUGCACAGCGCAGCGGCAGGCGGUCAUCUAGGCGUGGUGGCGUUGCUGCUCUCGCUUGGAGCAAGGUUGAACAGCUUCACACAGGCCGGGUGGUCACCUAUGCACAGCUGCGCCCUUCGAGGAUACGAGAAUGUUGCCUGGUAUCUGGAGAAGCAAGGUCUGAGCCUGGAUGACCGAACAGCCGAAGGGCGCUCUGCUCGAGAUAUGCUCAACCACGCACUUGCAGAGAAGAAACAUAAGACUGCCACUCCCACCUCAGGACUGAGCGUGCAAGACCUUCUCGACGGGAGCAGCAACCUACGAAUCCAGAUCGCAUCGGACACUCACGUUGAAUUCUAUGAGUCCUUUUCUCAAAUCCCAGAGUUGAUCACCCCAUCAGCUCCCAUACUGGGGCUGUUGGGCGACAUUGGAAAUCCUGCGCUCCCGACAUACCGGGACUUCCUGUACCACCAGGCCACCCGAUUCAAGCUGGUCCUCGUUCUGGCGGGCAACCACGAGUAUUACAGUCCCAGUUCCGCGCCGCCACACCCCACCAUGGGUGAGCUCAAUCAGGCCAUUUACGACAUCUGUGCUGCUGCCCCGCGCAAGAACAUAGUGUAUCUUGAUAAGGGACUGGUGGAGCUCGGAGAGUUCGUUAUUAUGGGGUGCAUCCUCUGGUCAGAUAUCCCCGAGGACAUGAAACAGCAGGCCGCCUCAUCCAUGAACGACUACCGGCUGAUCUACAAAACCAGGCGCCAUGUAGCUGCGCACAAGGAUCAGCUGCAGUGGCUGCAGACCCAGAUCCAGGCGUCGAUGUCCAAGGGCAAGAAGGCCGUCGUGCUCACCCAUCACACUCCCACCUACCGCAUUCGAGGGAGUGGCUUGGCUUUUAGCUCGAGCCUCGAGUACAUGUUCAAGAACAAGGGCACCAAUGUGGCCGUCUGGGCUCACGGCCACACUCACUACAACGAUGACAAGAUCAUUGAGGGAACGCGGGUGGUGAGCAACAUGGUGGGCUACAAACACGGGAAGCAGCGCGACUACCGACCUGAUCUCGUCAUCACGGUGGCCAAGUGA